UACAUACAUACACACACUAAAUUAGAGUCAGUUUAAUUAAAGAGUAAUAAUAAUUAAAGUAGGUAGCAUAUAUGAAUAUGAUGAGUUCAAUAACCACCAAGGAGGAGUACGAUGAUGCUUUCACCAAAGCUGCUUCCUUCGCAUUUGCUCAGGUGUUUCCUGCAAUCUUGAACGCUGCUAUUGAUAUGAACUUGUUUGAUAUCAUAUCAAAGGCAGAGAGUUCAUUAGGCAUGUCUGCUUCUGAGAUUGCAUCUAAGCUUCCAAAGCAACACAGUGAGAUGGGUAGCAGACUUGAACGCAUGCUGCCAUCAUUGGUGGCUCAUUCUCUUCUGACUUGCUCCAUUCGCACCAUUAAUGAAGACGGUGACACUGAAAGAGUUUAUGCAGUUUCUCCUGUUGGACAAUACUAUACAAGUACUCAACAUGAUGAUGAACAACGAGGCUCCUGGAUUGCAAUGUCAACUUUAUUCUAUCGAGGUUACCGUCAUCUUUGGACAGAUACAAAGGAUGCAAUAUUGGAUGCUAACAAUCACAAUCAUUUCCAAAAAGUGUACGGAAAGAUGGCAUUUGAAUAUAUGGAGACACACACAGAGUUAGGUAACCUUUUCGGGCAAGCAAUGUCACAAGCUGGCUCUUUAGGAAUGAAACAACUUCUUAAUGCAUAUAAAGGAGGCUUUGAUGGAAUAUCAACGUUAGUUGAUGUAGGAGGUGGAUAUGGACAAGUCCUCAAACAAAUUCUCUUCCAAUAUCCAUCAAUUAAAGCAAUUAAUUUUGAUUUGCCUCAUGUUGUUAAAAACGCACCCCCUCAUCCAGGGAUAGAGCAUAUCGGAGGAGACAUGUUUAAAACUGUUCCAAAAGGUGAUGCCCUUUUACUCAAGCAUGUAUGUCAUAGCUGGGAAGAUGAAGAAUGUGUCAAGGUUUUAAGAAACUGCUAUGAAGCGUUGCCACCACAUGGGAAGGUCAUAGUUAUGGAUGCUUUAAUGCCAGAAAUUCCGAAAUCAACAUCGUUUAAGGAUACUCAGGCUGUGGAUCUCGAUUUUCUUAUGUUUCUAGUUUCCGGUGGAAAGGAAAGAGACGAAAAACAAUUUGAGAAAUUAUGCAAGACCUCAGGAUUUUCCCGAUUUCAGGUAUUUCCUGCAAUCUUGAACGCUGCUAUUGAUAUGAACUUGUUUGAUAUCAUAUCAAAGGCAGAGAGUUCAUUAGGCAUGUCUGCUUCUGAGAUUGCAUCUAAGCUUCCAAAGCAACACAGUGAGAUGGGUAGCAGACUUGAACGCAUGCUGCCAUCAUUGGUGGCUCAUUCUCUUCUCUCUUGCUCUAUUCGCACCAUUAAUGAAGACGGUGACACUGAAAGAGUUUAUGCAGUUUCUCCUGUUGGACAAUACUAUACUACUCAUGAACAACGAGGCUCCCUGUCUGCAAUGUCAACUUUAGUCUAUCGAGGAUACCGUCAUCUUUGGAAAGAUACAAAAGAUGCAAUAUUGGAUGCUAACAAUCACAACCAUUUCCAAAGAAUGUAUGGAAAGAUGGCAUUUGAAUAUAUGGAAACAGACAGAGAGUUAAGUAACCUUUUCGGAGAAGCAAUGUCUCAAGCAGGGCCUUUAGGAGUGAAAUCAAUCCUUGAUGCAUAUAAAGGAGGCUUUGAUGGAAUAUCAACCUUAGUUGAUGUAGGAGGUGGAUAUGGACAAGUCCUCAAACAAAUUCUCUUCCAAUAUCCAUCAAUUAAAGGAAUUAAUUUUGAUUUGCCUCAUGUUGUGAAAAACGCACCCCCUCAUCCAGGGAUAGAGCAUAUCGGGGGAGACAUGUUUGAAAGUGUUCCAAAAGGAGACGCCAUUUUGCUCAAGCAUGUAUGUCAUGACUGGGGAGAUGAAGAGUGUGUCAAGUUUUUGAGAAAGUGCUACGAAGCUUUGCCAGCAGAUGGGAAGGUUAUAGUUUUGGAAAUUUUAGUGCCAGAAAUUCCCAAGUCAACAUCGAAGGAUCUUUAUGCUGUGGACAUGGAUUACGGUAUGUUUCUAGUUCAUGGUGGAAAGGAAAGAACCGAGAAACAAUAUGAGAAAUUAUGCAAGAGGUCGGGAUUUUCCAGAUUUAAGGUUGCUUGCAAUGAUUCAACUGCCAUUAAUGCAGUGAUGGAGUUUUACAAAUAAAAAUGAAUUCCCUUCUGUAACUUGUUAUCCUUGUAAAAUUUGGUGUAAUUUGAGAAGGUGAAAAUAAUGAAUCCAAAC